CGAAACAAGUCACGUACCUGUAUUCCAACUGUGUAACCUGGCCGACAAGUUUUUCACAUGUCAAACGGUUACCUGGCUUAGUGGUCACGAAACGGGGAAUGACAGGGAGAACAAAGUAUGUGACUUGAAUUCCAGAUGACUUUAAAACGUCCAGGAGGUAUAUGAUCUGAUGGAAACUGCUUUCGGUUGACUGAUAACAGACUAACAACAUAAACCAAGCGUGAAAUGAUUCACUGGAAUUCUCGACCAAGCCAGGAUGAACUACAAGGUCACGUAGCAGGGUAACGUUAGCCCUUAGGUGAAAUUUUAUCUCGGAGUACAUAUGUGCAGUCUUCUAAAUUGCUAAAAAAAUCUGUCGUUCGUCGUAACUUACUGUACUCUCCUAAAGAAACUCGCUGUCUGUGAGGCUGUCACUUUACCUGUAUCUGGAAUUUGAAGUUGCGCGGUAUGUCAACUCCGCAAAUGCUCGAAUUUUGCAAUAUCCUCUUACGUAACACGAGAGAAAUGUUGUGAUUUUCAUAACUGAUAAUUAGUAAAAAUGCGAGUAAUGUCAAAAACGGGAUUAAACGGAAAAACUAGCCUGCUGUUAUUUUCAUCGUCUCAAAUCUUUUCUUUUUAAUUCACUGGGAGUGAAUUAAAAAAAUAGCUGAAUUUUGAGUUCAAAUCAAUGCAGAGACCGACCAAACGGGCUCCUUUCAGUAAUUAAGCUCAAAGAGCUUUUAUCUAUUGUCCUUACAAUGCUUCCGAUAAAGACUUUCAUUUACAAGUCAUUAGUCAUCGGCGUCGUUCUAGAAUACCUUACCGAACAAUACAAAGUGCCUCUGCAUAAAGACUAAGCGUGAUUAGCUCUAAAGUCUAUAAGACCCACUUUCGCUCUGCACGGCUGCACCAGUUCCUGAAGACCACGACUUUAGAAGUAAUGGAGAACCUUUCCCCAGAAGUACUGAUGUUUCCCAUAACAUCAUUGCCAUUCAUUUUGAACAGCAGACCAGAGCUGCAAGAGGGCUUUCUGCUCGAUUUCGAAAUCAGACCUGGCUGGAUUGUAUACAAUCCAAACGUGGUAACUGUUCUGUCCUGCAAUCAAAUGUUCCAACCUGUGUACGAAUUGGAGCCAAUUUGGAGUUCAGACAAACAAUUGUUUAGAAUCAAAAGUACUGACGAUCUGAAAGACUUGAGGGUCAUGUUGAGCAAGCCGAUAGUGUUCUGUGCCACCAGAAGACAAGAAUGUGAGGCAAUGAUCAACGGAUUUGAUACGGACUUCGUAAUACUGCUGGAUCCUAAACAUCCAAAUGUUGCAGUGCAGAUUCAAAAAGUUGUUGAUCGCGUCGAGGAGCGCCUAAAGUCUGGACAAAAAUUCUGUUUAAAAACCCACUUUUCUGAUCUUUUAGAGGGAUCAACUCUGGCUAAGUUCAAAAGCUUCGUUUACUGGUUUAACGGUGAGUUUUAUAUCACCAACCACUGCAGACCAAACCAGUUCUUAUCAACAAAUCACUGGCUCUUUUGGUGUGCCGUGUUUCCAGUAUUUAUUAUGGCUUCACUUCCCUAUCGCAUCGCAAGGAAAGCUUGUAUUUAUGACGAAGAGAUAACUUUGCAAAUAAGAUUGAAGUUGACUUUUUGUCCAGAAACUGUCCUUGUACUGCAUUUUUACUGUGUGGAUAAACCGUUGCCCGGACGUUACCUUACAAACGAGAAAUUGUUUAUAGAACGUGAAUGUUCUUCCACUGAACUUAAAAAUUUAGUUUGUUUUGAUGCUAAGAAGCUCAGGAAGCAUGAACGAUGUAGUUUUCGUUUGAAGAGGAUUAAGCACAAACUGAUUAGUCUAUUAGAAGUGGUAAGAAAGAAUAAAGCCAAAUGAACCAAACCAUUCUCAGACUUGAAAAGGUACAGCUUUAGAACAAAUGUCAUUGUUGUUUCUUAGCGGAACUCUUCCGCAAAUUUUGAUAGAAAUCAAAUAGAUGGAAUAAAAGAUAGAUAACAAAGUUCUUGAAAUAAACAUAACCUUUGGAACAUUUCA